AUGGAAACAGACGAUUCUACAGCGAUUGGGAUUGAUUUGGGGACAACGUAUUCUUGCGUUGGGGUUUGGCGAAAUGGAAGAGUUGAGAUUAUACCAAAUGAUCAAGGCAACAGAAUGACGCCUUCUUGUGUUGCCUUCACUGACACGGAGCGUUUGAUUGGUGAAGCUGCAAAGAACCAGGUUGUUUUCAACCCUGUCAACACCAUCUUUGAUGCAAAAAGGUUAAUUGGUAUGAGAUUUAGUGAUGUUGCUGUUCAGAGUGAUAUCCAGCACUGGCCGUUCAAGGUUGUUGCGGGUCCUCGUGACAAGCCCAUGAUUGUGGUUAAUUUCAAGAGUGAAGAGAGGCAGUUUGCUGCUGAAGAGAUUUCGGCAAUGGUACUCCAAAAGAUGCGUGAGAUCGCUGAAGCUUUCAUCGGUAAAAGUGUGAAGGAUGCAGUGAUUACUGUUCCUGCCUACUUUAUUGACUCUCAACGGCAGGCCACAAAAGAUGCUGGUUUGAUUGCUGGUUUUAAUGUCAUGCGUAUUAUUAACGAGCCCACUGCUGCUGCCAUGGCUUAUGGUCUUGACAUGGAUACAAACGAUUGUGAGAGGAAUGUGCUGAUCUUUGAUUUAGGGGGUGGUACUUGUGAUGUCUCCUUGCUUGUCAUUGAAGAGCGUAUAGUUGAAGUGCGGGCCACAGCUGGAGACUCUCACCUUGGAGGCGAGGACUUUGACAACAGAUUGGUGAAUUACUUUGUUCAGGAAUUCAAAAGGAGGAAAAAGAAGGACAUUAGUGGAGAUCCUUCAGCUCUUAGGCGGUUGCGAACUGCUUGUGAGAGGGCCAAGAGGAGUCUCUCAUCUUAUGUUCAAACUAACAUUGAGCUCGAUUCAUUGUGUGAAGGUAUUGACUUUUGUUCCACCAUUACUCGUGCAAGAUUCGAGGAGCUGAACACGGAUCUCUUUAGAAAGUGUUUGCAGCUGCCGGAUUCCCAAGGUGCAGCUGCUAUUGCAAUACUUUUUCAAUGGCAAAGAGCUGUGCAAGAGCAUCAACCCUGA